GUUUUUAAAUGUCAGAUAUAUAAAUACUACUUAAAUGACAUUAAAGCUGGAAAAUAAUUUCAAAGGCAGAUUUGGAAGUAGAGCAUGCCUAAGACUUCCCAGGAGCCUCUGAUCAGAGUGUGACUGUGCACAUAGAGAUCAUGACAGCUGCUGUUGGGUAGGGAUGUCCCUCAGACUGAGCACAGGCACACAUUCAGUGGCCACAAAACACAAAGAAUAGCGUUUAGUUGAUCUUUAGGUCUUGUGUUAGUCAGUGUUGACAAUACAGAAACUGACCAGCUUCGAGGAACGAAUCAGAACUCAGGACUCCACCAGCACUAGAAAGUAUGACCAGUGGGACCUAGCCUGGAAGAUAGCCAAAUCUGGCUGUUGGAAGCCAAGGUGACAUUCAGUUGAUGGACUCACACACUGAAGUUUGAACAACUAGAUUAAUGUCUCAGAGCCAAUUGCCAGACUCAUUACUAGUGGCUUUUCUCUGGUUCACACUAAGAAACUAGAUUAUUGAUUUUAGGAUUGUCUCUGUGUACGCGGAUAUGUUCUAAGAUGUCUAAUGUUUAAUGCUUAAGUUGUCAACCAUAAGGGCAGUAAUGAGUAAUCAUUUCCUAAUCAUGUUGAAAGAGGUUAAAACCCAUGUAUAAAAUGAACUUCCUGGCCCCAGCAUAAUAGACACCUUUUCACUGUCACUGUAAGCCAAGUGCAGACCAUUCCUACCUGCCUGCCAUUUUCCCCGGUAAUAAGCUGCAUCCACAGCUUAAGACCUUUAUAGCCCUAAGUCUGUUCUUCACUGCAGCAGAACAGCAGGAGAGCUUGAAGAUGCAGCGUCGAAGCAGGGUCUUGGCACAUCAGGUGCUACUCUGAAGUGAGGCAGGCGAGGUUGCUGGGCUGGUGGUGUUUAUUCAUCUCUCUUGUUUCAUGUGUAUGGAUGUAUGCUCUCCGAGUAUAUGCACUGCUCCAUGGUUCAGGGGGCUGGCAAAUGCAUGCGUAGAGCGUGUGUAUAUGUAAAGUAGAACCUGCACCUGGAUACCAAAAUGAACUACUGUAUGCCAGAGGUACACGAAGUGUGCCCAGCUGCCAGCAGCAACUGCUACAUGCAGGUCACUGACUACCUUGCAUAUCUGGAAGACAGUCCGGCUCUCAGUGGUCGUGAUGUGCAAGCUAUGCCCAGUAGCAGCAUAUAUAUGGAACAGGCCUGGGCAGUGAAUCAGCCUUAUACCUGUAGUUACCCUGGAAACCUGUUUAAAAGCAAGGACUCUGACUUGGACAUGGCCCUCAGUCAGUACAGCCAGCCUGCACAUCUUCCUGAAGAAAAGCCUUUUCUUCAAGUGCAGUCGCCACCGCACUCACAAAAAAAAGGGUAUAUCCCCAGCUAUUUAGACAAAGACGAGCUCUGUGUAGUGUGUGGGGACAAAGCCACAGGGUACCACUAUCGCUGCAUCACCUGUGAAGGCUGCAAGGGCUUCUUUAGAAGAACCAUUCAGAAAAGUCUCCAUCCAUCUUAUUCCUGUAAAUAUGAAGGAAAGUGCAUCAUAGACAAAGUCACCCGCAACCAGUGCCAGGAAUGUCGCUUUAAGAAAUGCAUCUAUGUUGGCAUGGCAACAGACUUGGUGCUGGAUGACAGCAAGAGGCUAGCCAAGCGGAAGCUUAUAGAGGAGAACCGUGAGAAGAGGCGGCGGGAAGAGCUACAGAAAUCAAUUGGGCACAAGCCAGAACCCACGGAUGAGGAGUGGGAGCUCAUCAAGACAGUCACUGAGGCCCACGUGGCCACCAAUGCCCAGGGCAGCCACUGGAAGCAGAAGCGGAAAUUUCUGCCAGAAGACAUUGGACAAGCACCCAUUGUGAAUGCCCCAGAAGGUGGCAAGGUUGACCUGGAAGCCUUCAGUCAUUUUACAAAAAUCAUCACACCAGCAAUUACCAGAGUGGUGGAUUUUGCCAAAAAGUUGCCCAUGUUUUGUGAGCUGCCAUGUGAAGACCAGAUCAUCCUCCUCAAAGGCUGCUGCAUGGAGAUCAUGUCCCUUCGAGCUGCUGUGCGCUAUGACCCAGACAGUGAGACUCUAACUUUGAAUGGGGAAAUGGCAGUGACACGAGGCCAGCUGAAAAAUGGGGGUCUAGGGGUGGUGUCAGAUGCCAUCUUUGACCUGGGCAUGUCUCUGUCAUCUUUCAACCUGGAUGACACUGAGGUUGCCCUGCUUCAGGCUGUCCUGCUAAUGUCUUCAGAUCGCCCAGGGCUAGCCUGUGUUGAGAGAAUAGAGAAAUACCAAGACAGUUUCCUGUUGGCCUUUGAACACUAUAUCAAUUACCGGAAGCACCAUGUGACACACUUUUGGCCCAAACUCCUGAUGAAGGUGACGGACCUGCGGAUGAUUGGAGCCUGCCAUGCCAGCCGCUUCCUCCACAUGAAGGUGGAGUGCCCCACUGAGCUCUUCCCGCCUCUGUUCUUAGAAGUAUUUGAGGACUAAAUGGACUGGACAAGUUCUUGUCAUUCCUGCAGCACGACUGGGUAUCAUUACAUUCCACCUGUAGCAUUCUGUUGUUGUUUCUUCGUUUCUUUGUGUCAAGUGAGAUCAUCAGAUGGUCAGCAGAUCAUCAAUGGCAUAGACUUGGAUGAAAUUGUUCUUUGAAUGUGGGUCUUUGUAACCAUUGCAUUUUAUUCUCCAGUCCUUAGUGUGAAUGCUUUGAAGGGCUUACAGCAGUGCAGUCUGAGUGGGGUACAAUCAUUAUUUCACCAGCAUGAAGUCAUCACCAGCUCCCAUCUGUCCCUGGGCAGACUCAAGCAAGCCAAACAGCAUUUCAGAAGACUAAAGAAGCCUUAAAACCGAGACCACAGUCAUCUUGAUCCAACAUGAUCCAUUCUGAUGUGUGCAAGGUGAAGCUGUAGAGCCCAGGCCACCUUUGGGUGAGCAUGGCUUUUAUCACAGAAGGGGAGAAGGAGCAGUUUCUACUCAGGAGCUCAUCAUUUCCAGCACCCGUGUUCUCCAAGCAGCCUGACUUGGAAUGUGCAGGAAUAUCCAUACCAUAAAAAAUCAACUUUCCUUUCCAUGGCCUUCUGUAACCUUAUGAUUUACUUCAAGUUGCACAAGAGUAUUACUUGACUGGUUUGAGGCCACAAGGAAAGUCUUUUUUUCAGUAUGCCCAUAGAGCUUGUAAAUCUUCAUCAAUGUUAAAGCAUACUUUCCAAAAUGUGCGUGGUGUUACCUCAAGCAGGAAGGCACCUUUCCACCUUAGAUUCACAAGCCACAAAGCUCGAAUCUGUUUACAUAGUGCAGUCCCUUUUCGAUGGCCUAUGAAGCAGUCCUCUUCCCAGCUUAGCUCACAAAGGUCUUGUCUAGGCUGUGUCUGUUGAGCUGAUGAUGUUCCCCAGUAGACUGAAUCUUCCAAUCAGGGAGACACAUGGGGAAAUUCCAGGCUUGUUUGGAAAAAUCCCUGGAAAAGAUCAGUACAGAAACAAUCAGAUUCAAAGGAAAAAAACUACUCAUGGUAUAGGCUGUCAGAUUAGGGGGAAUGCUCUCCCUGGAUCAGCAAGCGCUUUACUUAUUCACAAAUAUCUCCCAGUCCCAUCCCAUCACUGUCUCCCAAUCUCACCUCUGUGGCCACCCACCUCCCUAGUUUCUGAGGCACUAAAUAGCUUCUCUCUCUCUCUCUCUCUCUCUCUCUCUCUCUCUCUCUCUCUCUCUCCUAAAUCUUCUGUAGCUUACACACCAUUACCCUGGCAAAUAUUCCUCAUAAAAUACAUCAGACCAUUCAUACCUGCUACCCAACCUAUCCCCAAUGACCAUGUAGAGUAGAUGUUUCUAAGCAACAAGUAGUGACAACUUACCCAAAAAUGGGCAAAGACUGUACACAUACAUCUGAAUGUACUGACUCUUCACUGACUUCGCAGAUGUAAAAUAUUCUUUGCCUGCCUUUCACUGCCUUAGCCUGGAAAUGCUGGGAAAAAAACAAGCCAUAUCAGCAAGAAUUACCUAAAAGCAAAGGAAGUCACUGUGAAAAGCAAGGAAACUCGCUUCUCUCCGCUGGGCUUGCUGGGCGCCUUUGGCCUCGCUGGAAGUCGGGUUGCCUGAGUUCUAAUUUGCACUCUGCAGCCUGGGUGAUUUAGGACCUUACAGUUUCAGUUUUCUUACCUCCUGGGAAAUGAGUUGAACUCCAAAAACCCUUCUUCUCUUCCCUAUUGUUUGACUUCCAGGAAAGAGAGAAGAUGUCUUUGAAAAUUCUUUUAUAUUCAAAUUUGUAGCUUCAAAAAGGAAUGUAUUUGGGCAAUCAAUUUGAGUGAGAAUGAGAAUUUGAUUCAGAGGAAGGCAGAAUGGCCUUAGAGGCAUAAAGCUUAGAGGCACAGCGCUGAAAGUCCCAAGAGACUGUGGUAAUAACCAAGGAAGCAGAAAUUGUUUAUCACUAAAGGACUUAGCCUGACUUCCCAGAUAAAACAUCGCUGAAGAGAUUAAAUAGAAGGAAGAAGCCCCAUUAGAUUCAUGUAUGAACAUGUCAGAGGUAGCCUGUACCUGGCCUCCUGCUUCAGGAACUUCAUUAAACAUGUGUUCCCUAUGUCAGCUCUUCUGGAAGACCUUCAUCCAAACAAUCAAAACGUUGCUGUGAGACCAAUUCUCCUUCCAAAGGGAGAGAGGGGGAGGCAGGGAGGCAAGUCCUGCACAGGCAUACAAACUUCUAGGACAGCAGAAUUUCUAAGGAAGUUUCCUGAUUCUGACAGUUUUCAAAGGGAAUCAGAAACCCUGGCAUUAGUGCAGGGUUUGACCCAGAAUCAUUCAGAGUGCUGUAAGGAUUAAGCAUUGGGCACUAGCCCAGUCUUUACAACCCAGCCAGCCACAGCAAAGUGACCCUCCCUCUACAGAGGCCCACCUUUCAGGACCAGACCCAGCUCUGGCAAUCAUGUUUAGGGUUGAAUACUGAACAAAACAUGCGAGCUUCAGUCUUCUGGUGGGAAGGAACCAGAAUGAUAGUAGGUCAGGACAGCCAAAGACACGCCUUUGAGAAAUUCAUUUUAUGAAACUAGAUUGUAAGGGAUUUCCUCCCAAAUUUUUUUCUUCUCUUUUUAAAAAUCUUUCUCUUCUAAUCUUGUCCAGACUUUCAAAUCAAGUGUGGACAUGGUGGCAGGAACCUUUACACCUGCUCCACUGUGGGGAGACAUUCCAGUCAAGAAAACACACUCAUCCUGCUGGGAUGCUCACUGACAAAUGGUAUUUAUGGACAAGAAGGCUGUGCACAUGCAGCAAAAAUGUGCAUGUGUACACAUGUGCGUAUAUCUGUUCAUUGCCUCAAGUGUACUUCGCACUUCAGUUUAAAUGUGCAGAACUUCCAGAAACUGGAAGGAAAAAAAACAAACAAACAAACAAAAAAAAACUUCUCCAUGAUUCUGCUGAAAACACCACGUGCUGCCUCUGAGCUUUUUCUAGUCCCUUGACCCUCAGUCCUCAGUGAUGCGCUUAUGUGAUGAAGCCUCAGCCCAGCGCAUCCCCUGCCUCUUUCCCAGUUCAAUCUUGGGGAGGGUCCUUCUCACAGUGACCUGCAGGCUGGCCCUGCCACCUUGGCCUCCUCACACUCAGUUCUCCCCAAGCCAGCAUCCCGACCUGCUGAGCCUCUUCAGAGCAUGUCAUUGUCAGUAAGACCUCUUCAUUCUGUGGAACUCAAGCCUAUCCAUGUCAUAUUGACCUUUUGCUGCAUGAGUCAUAAAUUAUGAAAUCAGUCUUACGGUUUUUGAGAUGUAGCCAGUGUUUUAUAAGGCUAAACCUUUCUCAUGAACUUAAUUUAAGUGAAUAACCAAACUACCGGUCCUUCUCCGAUGAGAGAUGACAGACAAUUGAAUUUCUGCCCUUUGCAGUGGCGAUGGCAUCAGGUCCUAAAAUAAGCUUAUAAUUUUCCUGUUAUUUUAAUAAUAUGGAAAUAUUAAAAUAAUGUUUCUUUUGAUAGUGAUAGACUGAUCCAUAUUUAAAUUUUAUAGAGAAGAAAUUUUAUUGUACUGUGAUAUAGAUAUUUAUUAUCCAGGUAAGGAUUUGCCCGGUGUGUAUUUUUUACAAUUGAAACAUUUUACUUUAAUCUCUAAAGAAAAAAAGACUAUAAAACAUAUACAUAUAAAAAAAAGGCUAGGGAGAAAAAAGGUUUGGCUUUAUCAAAGACUUUUUACUGUGUUGUAUAAAUGUUUGCAAAUGAAAAAUUUACACAUUUUUAGUGUUUCCACACUAAUUAGUGCCGCCUUCAAGAGCAAUAUUGUGCAGUAAACACUGUUUGUGGCUUUCUGUUGCCCAGCUCAAACUGACCCCACCUUAUGCACAAGACAAUCAGAUGUUACGUCUUUCCUCUGAGGACACAGACAAUACUCAACAGAGCACAAUGUGAAACAAAGAACAAGAUUGUAGGCAUGGGCUGUGCUGCUGAUGGAGAUGAUCAGGGCGCAUGCGCACUCACAUGGCCUUGUACCACUGCCUCCUUUUGGCUGUUCUUUGUGACGUUGGCAUCUUUCUCUUGACAUCAAAUAGCCAAAGUAGUUUUCCAUGUUUUCUUCAAUAAAGACCAUUCUUUUUCCCAUAAUGUGUUCAUGCCCUGAGAAUCAGAAAAAUGGAAACAAAAACAAAAAGAUACGGAUGGAAUAGAGAGGUUUAUAGUCAGUGGAAGAUUGGUGUUUUGCAAACAGUGUUAAGUGAUAUUGCUAUUGCUAGAUUGGUGAUUUUUUUUUCAGCCUAAAAUCAUUGAAAUCUGUGAUCAAAUGUUUUAAACUAUCCAGAAAGAAAAUUUGUAUAUUUGGGAAAGUGGAUUUUUACAUAGCUUUUGUAUGCGGAUAUUAAAUUGUAAUUAUGAAUAUAGUGGACAUAGGUACUCAUAAGCUUAAAUUCUAAAAAAGAAAAAGCUUACAAUA